AUGAAGUCGUCGAUGUCCAAGAAAAAGAGAAAGGCUAGUGAAGAAAAGUGCACUAAUCCAAAGAGCAAGAAAAGGCUGAAUAAGGAUAAGCAACCAUCACCUGAAUCUUUACUCGUUGAGAAGAAUAAGCAGCCAUCACCUGGAUCUUUACCCGUUGAGAAGAAUAAGCAGCCAUCACUAUCCAAAAAGGUGAUAAGCUUGCAGAGGAGGAUGAGGAGGGCACUCUUGAUGAUUGGGAUAAGCAUUUGA